UGAAAAUCUUUUAACAAAAGUUUUUCAAAUCAUAAGUAACGUCAAGAUGUUUUCAAAACAAUUAGCAAGAAAUGUCGUAUUAUUUUCAAACAACAAUAAUUUACUGCAUAUUUAUAUUUUUGAUGUGCUUGCAUGGAGGAAGAUCACAGUACAAUAUACAUCGGAGAGAUCUAGUGCCAAAGGUGGAUGUCAGCGACCCAACGAAAGGUUUAACCGAUGCCGAAAUCGAUAUGGCGCUAGACGAUCUCUCCUUAUCGGAUUUGAAUGUGCUAAACAAGCUGAUUGAUCGGCCGAAUGCGCCGGAUUAUGACUACGUCGAUUACGACAGUCACAACUAUGCACUGGGGCCACCGCGUGAUCAUACCUUCGACGGAAACCCGAUGGACGAUGAUUCGAAUAUAAACUAUUAUGAUGACAUAGAUGAGCCACAAAGAGAUGCGCGCAAUCCUUUACAUUUCAAAAUACCGCGCAAGAGCUUAAUGCCCUUCAUGGAACAAACGGAGAAUCAGCGAACGAAACGCGACAAUGGACGGGAAAUAAAACAGGCUGCCGUGGAUGCAGAGUAUAUAAGGCAACUGGAGAACUCUUUUCCACGUGACCAGGAGCAAAAUAACAAUGAGGAGAGCGAAGACAAGAAGGAGCAUAUACGCGUGAAACGCAAUUGAGUGCAGCAACUGGAUCAAGUCAUAUAUAUUACAUUCUAAUUUAUAAACUUAUAUUUUAUGAUUUCAAUAAAUUUAUAUAUUUAUCAAUAAGUGCAGCACUGCCACAAUAAACCACUCACCGCUGCAAGCCCUCAAGCAUGAGGGGCGUUAGAAAGACAUUAACCUGUCCUUUGAGACGUGCCACCACCGAAGUGCAGGCUGCACCCUCCGCUUGUAGGCUCAUAAAUUCACCAUCGUCGAAACCAUUUGUCGUCUUCUCACUCUCCUCCUCCUUCAACAGCACACUGGGAUCCCACGGAUGCGACUUUGGACCGCCCAUAAAUGUGGCCGAACUAUUGCUGCCGGUGGCAUUCUCAUAGCGUGGCACCACUUUGAUCUCACGCCAGCAAGCAUACAAAUCGAAGUGUGGCAACAUUUUACUGCCAAUAUAGGUUAGACCGCCAUCUUCGUUUUCGUGAAACAUGGGCGUCGAAAAUACGUCCGGACCGGAUGGAAAUGAGCACGCAGUCCAGUUGAAACACUUCACUUGCGACAAAUGAUUCAAAUAGCUCGCCAUCAGUAAUGGUGAGUCGAUGAUGGGACGAUUCACUUGUUGGUGUAAGUUGACGAGCGCGACAUCCUCCUGCGAGGACAUGGCCGAGAUGAAAGAGUUAGAUGACAGUGAUGGUGUGCCGGAAGAAGAGCCACGAGAGUCCACCUGUUGA